CUUUCCCUACCAGAAUGUGGACCCUGCAACAACCAUGGCGUCAAGGCCUCGGUCCCCCCUCCAAGGGGCUGGGGGCGCAUUUAACCACAUCAGCACCACUUUCCCCCCUCCCCCUCCCUUUUCAAACUAGCUUACCUAGAUGGUUGGCCCAUAUCAUCAUUUUGCUCUUUUUUUUGUUUGAGUCUUCUGCCUUUCUUCCCUUUCACAGCCUUCUGGCCCGAAUUGCAAUUACCCUUGCCACAUUGACACCAUCGUUCUGCGAACUCGUACAUUCGAUAAUCAACUGACAUCUUCUACCUGCUCUCUGUCCAGUUUGUCGUCGACCACAAUUGGACUACAGAUCACACUGCGCCACAAGAAACCGACGAGAAGGGAAACGUAAACAACUUUUUGACUCCCGAGCACAUCAUCAUGCAGGAUCCGUCCGUCACCAUCAUGAACUCCGUGGGUCCCGAUGCCACGACGGCCGAACUGGCCAAAGAAGUUCCUCUGGAAAAUGGGCACCACAAAGAGGAAGAACCCAAGGAAGAGCCCAAAGAGGAACCCAAAGAACUCAAGGAAGAAGAGCCUGAGCCCACGCCCACUGGCGCGCCUGGAACCUUCCCUGAAACACCCGCUGAAGAGCUUAACGAGCCCGUCAGCAUCAACCCCCUCCCUGCUACCGACGUCACCCAGCCGCCCGUGGUCCUCGCCCCAGGCGAGCCGAUCCCCCCUUCCCUUCAGUCCGGUGACGUCAACGCCCAAGUGACCCUCGAUAAGGAGUCCUACGAGAAGAGUGACCGUCUGCCUGGGCUCGCCGACGAAAUCAUGACUAUACCCCCGGUUACGAACGUGGGGGCCACCGUCAUCCCCGAGUCCAGCUUGCCCGCCGUCACCGUCGCGACCGAGGAGCCCAAGGAGGAAGCUCCAGUACCCGAGACCGUCAAGGACAGCCAAGAGAAGGCUGGCGUGGAACCUGAAGCCAGCGCCGAGCCCAAGGAGGUCGCCGGUAAGGCUGCCGUGGAGGAGGAGCUGAAGGAGACCGUGCCCGAGGCCCCGUCCACAACCGAGGGCACCGCUGGCUUCGGCACCCAGAAGUCCGAGACCCUGGGUAUUGCCGCUACAGCCGUCACUGCCGGCGGUAUUGCUGCCGCCGCCGCCGUGGCAGCCAUGGACGCCCUCGCCGUGAAGGCUGAGCCUGCCGUCAACCAAGCCACCGAGGCCGUGAACCAAGCUACGACCGCCGCCACGGACGCCGCAACAGACACCGCCGCCAAGCUCCCCGACAGCGUGAAGGAGAACCUGCCCGAAUCUGUACAGGAGGCCAUCCAUACGCAAAAGCAAGAGGAGGUCCAGGAGGAAGUGGCGCCCCAGGUCCCCGCCGAAGUAAAAGAUUCCAUGGUCGAGGCGGCGCAGAGUCCCGAAGCAGCCGCGAGUGCCGUGGCCGUCGAGGAGAAGAAGGCCGUGGAGCAGGAGCUUCUCAAAGAGGUCAAGCCUGUGCCUGCCGUGGGCGAAGACCAGCCGGCGGCGGUUGCUCCCGAGGUCCCAGCCCCGGUGAAGGACUCGAUUGCCGAGGCGGAGAAGAGCCCCGAGGCCGCCGGCAGCGCUGCUGUGGUCGAGGACAAGAAGCAGGUAGAGGAAGAGCUCCUCAAAGAGGUUCAGCCUGUCGCGGCCGUGGACGAAGCGCAGCCCAAGGCGGAGGCGGAGGCGGAGGCAGUCAAGCAAGAGGAGACGAACCAGGAAGUCGCCCCUGACGUUCCACCCGAGGUGAAGGCGUCCAUCUUGGCGGCGUCUGAGAGCCCCGAAGCCGCUGGCAGCUCCGCCGCUGUCGAGGACAAGAAGGAAGUGGAAGAGGAGCUGCUGAAGGAAGUCAAGCCUGCUGCGGCUGUCACCGAGGAGCCGGAGUCCAAGGCUGGACAGGUCGAGGAAGAGUCGGAGGCACCGGUCAAGGACGAGAAGAAGCAGACGGAGACGCUCCAGGAGGCCCUGGCUGGUAGGCCCAAGGAGGAGCCCGCGGCGGCCGAGGCGUCCCAGCCGGCCGAGGCAGCGCCCAAGGUGGAGGACGCACCCAAGGCCGAGGCGCCUCAGGAGGAGUCGGCGCAGGAGACUUCAGCGGCAGCUGCAGCGACGAACGGUACCGCGACCGAGGAGUCGGCCAAGCCUGCUACUGGCGAGAAGAAGAAGAAGAACCGCUUGAGCGCGUUCUUUGGCAAGCUCAAGAACAAGGUGUCGCAUAAGGAGUAAUUCUUUUAUCCGCCCAUCAACCAACGUCCCCCCCCC